AUAAUGUGAUUGUAGAUUAUUCCACGAUGCGUAACAGGACAAUUCUGUGAUAUAGUUGGAACCGAAGAAGCUUUUCUUCAGUAUCUCAGCCUCUUCUAAUUUUCUCUUGUUCGGAGAGCCAAGCGUCGAAGAUUAUUUGCAAUAUAACAACCACAAGCCAGCAAAAUGUUUAAGUUUUUCAAAUCUGGAUUCUUCGACUUCGAAUUUCUCCGUGUUCUGGGAUCUGCUCCUUUCCAAGGAGCUGAGAUCGGAGAGUGUCUUGAUGCACGAUCGAAGCUGAAGGAUGACGACCCUGAGCUUUGGUACGAGACGUGGAAUGCUUGGGGUGACGAGGCAUCAAAGCUCGGAGAGGAGGCGCUUGCCUCUGGGGACAAGGUCGCAGGGCGAUGGGCUUUCCUCCGCGCAUCCAACUAUUAUCGAUCCAGCGAGUUCUUCUUGCAUCUCAACCCUCAAGAUCCGCGUCUUCUUGCAUCCAUACAGAAGAGUGCUUAUGCCCACGACCGUGGCGUAGCCCUUCUCGACUCAGAAGUCCUCUCUUUCAGCAUCCCAUACGAUAAGGGCCUUCAGCUUCCAGCUCGUUUGUAUAUGCCAACAGCCGAGAGUCGAGUCCCAGGUCGUGUGCCUGUGAUCUUACAGACUGGUGGGUUGGACUCGACUGGAGAGGAGUUGUAUUUCUAUGGUGCUGCUGGAGCAAUUCCUCGAGGGUAUGCCGUUCUGUCUUUCGAUGGACCGGGACAAGGACUCUCGAUCAGACGUGAUGGCACAACGCUCCGUCCCGACUGGGAGUACGUGACAGGAAAGGUUCUCGACUAUCUCUUUAACGUCCUUGAGCCUGAGAACGAGAGACUCGAACUGGACUUGGACCGUAUUGCAGUUCUCGGAGCAACGAUGGGAGGAUACUUCGCUCUCCGCGCAGCUUCGGACUCCAGAAUCAAAGCCUGUAUCUCUUGCGACGGUUUCUACAACAUGUUUGACAUCGUCAAGAGCCGAAUGCCUGGAUUCUUCAUCAACGGCUGGCUCAGCGGAACCAUUAGCGACAACCUCUUCAACUCAGUUAGCAGAUUCAUGAGCAAGUUCAACUUCCAGCUCGCUUGGGAGUUCGCUCAGAACGAAUGGUGUUACGGAGUCCAAAGCCCCGCUGAGAUGAUGCGUUUCAUGCAGACCAUGACUCUGCAGUCACCGGAAGGCACCGAAUAUCUGGAUAGAGUUCGAUGCCCGGUUCUAGUGACGGGGGCAGAGCAGGCCAUCUACUUUGAGCCUAGAAUGAAUGCUGAACGCAUCAUGGAUAACUUGGGACACUUGGACGAGGCAGAUAAACAGCUCUGGGUCGGUGAGGCUCCUGCGAAAGGUGGCUUGCAGGCCAAAAUUGGGUCGCUGAGCAUCAUGAAUCAACGCCAGUUUGAAUUCUUGGAUCGCCAGUUUGGCAUCCAAAGAUUUGUGCCAUGCAAACACAUCUAAACACCUUACCAAAUAAAGAAGCCUCCUUGGGACGAAGUUCGGUAAAGCCAUGAGAUUUGGAAGUAGUCAACGAAGUUAGAGAAAAGGCUCCGAAGGUCCGUUGUUCUGUGGUCGGUUUGCAAUUCGGGUCGUCUGGCGUUAAGUCUAUUUUUGGGUUGGGAAACACUGCAUAAUUACAGUUCUAUGAUUUGAUGAAUAAAGGUGGCAAAUCAUUCUGUAGUAAAUAGAUUGUCGAAUAAACGUGUUUGGUUUGAGAAGGAUGAUCUUGCGGUUGGGAGCGACACUCCAACUUCCAGGAAACUCACCAGCCACCGCCAAAGCUUGGCGAGACGCUUAACCUUACCUCAUCAGUGGCUUGCGUUGAUGUUACAUUGACAACAUUUCCUUCCAAGUUUUUCUCCACGG